AUGGCAAGAAGGACCAGCAGAGACGACUUACCGAUAGCAGUUUCAACAACUGUGAAUGAUACCACACAUUGUAUCAUUCCGGCUCACACUGACGGACACCUUCAUGAGUUGAAACAAGAGUUAAUAAAACUCGAAAAGCAAUUGGAAGAGGAAAAGAAACUUGCAGAAGCGUUGGAGAAGGCGGAAAAGGAGGAGUCAAGAAAGGAUCAGUGGUGGAGAAAGCCCAUUGAAGAGCUUGACAUGAAGCAGCUUAUGAGAUUUGCUAAGAUGUUAGAAGGUCUCAAGAAAGAUAUUCAUAAGGAAAUAAAUUCACGAUCUAUGGAUCUUAACAACAUUAAUAGUCGCAGUGAUGCUGCCGAGAAUGUCAAUCCAUUUGGUGGGAGGAAAAAGGCUGCAAUGUUUCAGUUUAUACUUGAUGCAUUGGAAGUGAAGUUAUCGAAUUGGAAAAAUAAAUUCCUUAGCCAAGGUGGGAGGCUUGUGCUAAUUAAACAUGUGUUGUCAGCCAUCCCAAUACAUGUUUUUGCGGCCAUUGAGCCUCCAAAAUCAUCUUUGAAUGCCAUUGCUCACCGCUGCCAACGUUUCCUUUGGGAAGGAGUGGAAGGAAAUAUUAGUUUAUGGGACAUCCAGGAUACGGAUCCUCCAAUGUCAAAUCUUACAAUCCGGCAUUUUUUCUCAAUGAAGAAUUUCUUCUUACAGACGUUUCGGGGUUGUUUGGAGGCUAGGGCUUUUCAUGCCUUGGAGGAAAUGGAUUUAUCCUUCACUGAGGGAGAAGAUAAACUGAUUUGGAAACCAACCCCAUUGGGAGUUUUCACAAUCAAGUCAGCGUAUGAGGCAUUGCGGAGGAAGCAAGUUGAGAACCCUAGCCUGCGGAAUAUAUGGCACAAAUUCAUUCCCUUGCGCAUCUCCUUCUUCACGUGGAAGUUUGGUAAUUCACUUGUUCCUUUUACAGAGAAUUUAUGUAGAAUGGGAAUAUAUUUGCAACCUUCAAUUUGCAGGAAGUGUAAGUCUUCCUCUAACUCCAUGAGGCAUCAAUUCCUUGAGUGUGCAUUUACGCGCCAGGUCUGGAAUUUUUUUGCUGAUCUUUUUGGUCAGGUUGCGCAUGGUGAAGGUCUUGGAGAAUACUUGAAUUCAUGGUGGCUAUCAGGAAAUUUUAAAAUGGCUAUUGGGGUCAUAAAGAAGGUUUUGUCGUCCUUUGUAGUAUGGGAAUUGUGGAAGGCGCAAAACAAGUUCUUUUUUGAAAAUGUUGACUCUACUUUUUCAAGCAUCAUUAAAGCUGUCAAAGAGCAUCUUCAUGGAAUGAUGCUAGUUCAUAUGCUCAAGGCUCGAAAUGUUGUAGAGAGGGAGUCGCUUCAGCAGAUCUUUCCAAAUACAUCUUUCGGUCUUAAACAGAAGAAGGUGCGCAAAGUUUCUUGGCAACAACAGCGUAAGUAUGUGCUGAACACUGAUGGAUCUUCCAACUCCCAUGCUGCUGGUUACGACUUUGUGGUCAGAGGAGAGAAGGGGAUCUUUCUUUAUGGGGAAGCUGGAUUUUUGGGAAGCGGAGAUAGUCUUCAAGUAGAGGUUUAUGGCCUACCAUUUGGAGUUCGGAAGUGUGAGCAUCUUGAUCUAUUCCAGGUGGAAAUUCAAAUGGAUAACCAAUUUCUGGCAAACAUUCUUGCCUCUGGAGGUCCUUAUCCGUGGAGAUUCUACUUUGAGUUGGAAGAGAUUCUUGCAAUUCUUGAGAGACGGGGUUACUCUAUACACCACAUUUACAGAGAAACGAAUGCAGUAGCAGAUAGUUUAGCUAGAUGUGCUUUAGAUGAACUUUCAGAGGAAUUUUUAUCCUUAGGAGACCUUCCGAGUUUCACUAGGGGUCUCAUUAUUCUAGAUCAACAAUCUAUGCCGUAUGUGAGAGUGCGGUAA